UCUAUCCAACACAAUGCCAUCCGAACAUAAAUCCUUCACUCUCGAUUCGUCAAUCUUGCAACACCAAUCACACAUACUACCGCAGUUCAUAUGGCCGGAUGAUGAAAAACCAUGCGCCGAAGUUCCCCCAAGGCUCGAUGUGCCCCCCAUAGAUGUAGGAGGGUUCCUCUCAGGGGAACCUGAAGCUGUAUCAGAUGCCAUACGCCUCGUCGACAAGGCGUGCCGCAAGCAUGGCUUCUUUCUUGUUGUGAACCAUGGAAUUGAUAUGAAGCUGAUAGAAGCUGCUCACCACUGUGCAAGCUUCUUCUUUGAGAUGCCAAUUGAUGAGAAGGAGCGGGCUUUAAGGAAACCUGGCGAUUAUCGCGGCUAUGCUAGUGGCUUCACAAAUAGAUUCUCAUCCAAGCUUCCAUGGAAGGAGACCCUUUCUUUCCAGUGCAGUGCUGAUCGCCACCACCACUCCAAUACUGUCGAAAAAUAUUUUCAUGACGUACUGGGGGAACAUUACACAGCAUUCGGGAGAGUAUACCACAAGUAUUGUGAAGCCAUGAACAGUCUGUCUCUUACCAUAAUGGAGCUUCUCGGGCUAAGCCUUGGUGUCGGAAAAAGUUACUAUAGGGACUACUUUGAAGGGAAUGAUUCGAUAAUGAGGCUGAAUUACUACCCUCCCUGUCAAAAACCUGAACUUGUUCUUGGGACGGGGCCUCACUGCGACCCUACUUCCUUAACCAUUCUUCAUCAGGACAAUGUUGACGGCCUUCAAGUAUUCGUUGAUGAAAAAUGGUACUCCAUUGCUCCAAAUCUGCAAGCUUUUGUCAUCAACAUAGGCAACACUUUCACGGCUCUGACAAAUGGGAUAUACAAAGGCAGCUUACACAGGGCCGUGGUAAACAGAGCAAUUCCAAGGAAGUCUCUAGCAUUCUUCCUUUGUCCAAGAAUGGACCAAAUAGUAAGUCCACCAAAAGAAUUGGCAUGCAAAGGGAAUCCGAGGAUAUAUCCCGACUUUACUUGGAAAGCUUUUCUUGAAUUCACACAGAAGCAUUACCGCUCUGACAUGCAAACGCUUGAAGCAUUUGUUAACUGGCUUCAACAGAACAACAGCUCAAAUGGUAUCAAAGUUGAUGAGUAACAUUAUCCUACUGCAAUAAUACAUUAUGUGCCAUACCCCUACGGCUACAGAGCGUCCUUGAACUGUUGAAGAAUGAAGUAUAAAAACAAUGCAACCCACGAUCUUCACAGACAUAAAAAGAUUGCAGUCCAUCUCUAUAGAAUAGAAAUUAACAAUCUAUAAAAGGAGAUCCAAGAAUGUCGCAUAAGCUAAGAGUUCGCGUAUCAGUACUGUAUAAGGAAAAAAAAUGUUGAAGCAUAUUACUGUUUGUAUCAUAAGCUUUAAUUCAACCUGAGAAAGAAGGAUAUUGUGUAUGUGCACAUGUGAGAGAGAUGCAAGCCUGUGUGUAAUAAAGCAACUUCUAAA